AUGAAAGAAGUCAAAUACGAAAGCAAAGCACCACUGCAACAUCCAAAAGCAGCAGACUACGUCCCUACGUACCUGUACGAAGGCAUUGCCGAUCCCUCUGGCAGACCCGAUGUUGACAUUCGAAAUGACUUCUUCGGGACGAGGAGGAAAGUACGAAUUGGCGUCCUGGGAGCCGGCAUCAUGGGCCUUCAAUUCUUGCACUCUGCGGAAAAAUUGAAAGACGUUGACAUUGUGGUCUAUGAGAUGAACGACGAUGUUGGCGGGGUGGUAUCCUCUCUCUAUCGCCCCUGAAUACAGACAUCAUAUGUUGAUAUGCUACAGUGGUUGACCAGCAAGUAUCCAGGCUGUCGAUGUGAUAUCGCCUCCAUUGUCUAUCAAUUCUCCUGGCGAACGAACAUCUGGUCUGAGAUGUAUGCUCCAGCUGCUGAGAAUCUGGGUUACAUCAAAGCCGUUGCGAAAGAGAACGACUUCUACAGGUUCAUCAAAUUCCGGCAUCAGAUCCUCUCCGCUUCUUGGACGGACAGAGAGUCAAAGUGGACGUUACGGGUAAAAGAUUUAAAGAGUGAUGAUGUGUUCGAAGAUAAGGUGGAUUUCUUCCUGGAGUUCAACGGACCGGUCAGGUAGGCUCGGGCAAGGCACUACUCUUAUCGCAAGACGCUGAGCAGUUUGUAGCAACCCAAGGCUCACGCCGCUUGCCGGAAUCGACAAAUUCAAAGGCGAGGUAGUACAUCCCGCGCAUUGGAAGGAUGACACUACGGUCAAGAAUAAGAGAGUUACACUCAUCGGCUACGGAUGUACGUCCUUUAACUCAGCGAACAGAUCUGCUCCAAGUCGUUGACUCUCCCAAGGCAGCGGUGUCCAGAUCGGCCCAAACAUCGUCAACGACGUAUCCAAGCUUUACACAUGGUUUCGCAACAAGACCUACGUGCUACCACCGCCAAACCAGGCUUUCUCGGCCGAAGGCGGCAACAACUUCAAAUGUGCUGCCUCCCCGUUUUCACCAGUAUAACGACCCCUCUGACGUGGUCUCAGAUAGUAAAGAGCAGAAAGAAAUGCUCAAAGAUCCGGACGUCUACCUCGCCUACCGCAAAGCAGUCGAAAACACUUUCAACGCUCGCUAUUCCUACCUCAUCAACGGCGGCAAGAUCGCAAACGACGUACAAGCCAUGGUAGUAACCCACAUGAAAGAAAAACUCGCAUCGAAACCCGACCUCUUCGACGCCAUCAUUCCCCAGGAUUUCGGUAUCGGCUGUCGUCGACAGACUUUUGCGUAUGGAUAUCUGGAAACUCUGGUCCAUCCCAAAACCACAGUCUUCCUGAAGCCACCCCAACACUUCACGGAACGGGGAAUCUUAGACGCGGAUGGAACCGAACACGAGAUCGACAUGGUGAUAGCUGCCACGGGCUACGAUCAAUCCCACAUGCCCCGCUUCCCUCACACCGUGAACGGUCACAACCCGGCGGAAUCGGAAUGGAAAGACUUGCUCUCCCCUCCUAGCUACAUGGCCUGCAUGCUCAAAUCUAUGCCUAACUACUUCAACCCCGCCUCGGCUUUCGGCCCCUUGCCACAGGGAAAUUUCUAUCAAUCGGCGGAAGCAUUUGCCGAGUAUAUCGUCCAGGUUGUGGAGAAGAUGCAACUGGAAAGGAUCUUGUCGUUUGUGCCGAAAGAUGUUGCCGUGGAGCAGUUUGUGAGACAUGCGAAUGCUUGGAUGAAGAGGACUGCUUUGACGGGUCCUUGUAAGUCCUCCUUCUCUCUCUCUCUCCAUAUUUCAUUCUUGCUAAUGUUCGUAUGUGAUGCCAGGCGUAGCAUGGUACAAAGGCAACGACGGCACUUCGCGCCCACCAAGUCUCUGGCCUGGAGAGAGGAGUCAGUUUCUGAAAAUCAUGUCGACGCCACGGUUUGAGGAUUUCGAGUUGCGGUAUGAGAAUGAAGACGAUAGGUUUGGGUUUUUUGGGAACGGAUGGGAUCUGGAAGCUCAUGGGGUUGAAGGUGGGGAUUUGAGUUGGUAUAUGGGCCGGCCUGGAAAAGAGGUUGAGAGAGAGGUGAUUGAGCGCUUGAGGGGAAUCGAUGGGAGUGUGAAGAGGGAGGGCGGAGUGGAGAUUUUGGUGAAGGGGGUUGGAGAGUAG